AUGUCUAGUUCGAAUUCUCGCAAAAAGCAACGCACUACCAGGUCUAGCGUGCCCGCACUAGGAGCCCCAUCUGAAGCUGAUGAACAGAGUAAUGAUUUCAAUAACCCUACAUCUUCGGCAUCUUCGUCCAGAGUUUUACCUACUACAACCAUACCAUCACUAUCGACCCUUUGCGCACGCCGCUUUGCUGCUAGUUAUAAGAAGAUCAGAGAAAACGAGUUUCUCUGGAAAGCUACUGCACAAUAUCUAAAACUCGCCCCCGAUAGCAUGAUCCCCAAGAUACUCGCCAUGCUCGUUACUACGUGCCCAACGUUUCUCGACCACGCGGUCAUAGUCACCUAUUUUCUUCGCGGCCCCCUCAUUUCCCUUGACAUGAACAAAUUGCCGGGAGUAAAGGAGAGCACGAUUCUUCAAAUACCUCGUCUGAACCCGUCACUGCGUGAAGUCGAGUUAACAAAGUUUGGGAAGAUAUCAGACGAGAAGUUUGCGUCUGUAUUCUCCCGACUGACUGAAUUGAGAAGAGUGGUUUUACGGGACUGCACAAAAGUCGGACUCAAGACCGUGGUUGCUAUAGCUAAAUCGUGUCCGCACCUUAAAAUCGCUAAUCUCAACCAUACCUCGUCUCCUCCUGCUGCAGUUGGCGAUUUAUUACUGUCCUGCCCCCAGCUGGAAGUGUUGAAACUUGCCGGUAUAAGUAAUUGGACGGAUGGGACUUUCUCCAAACUAGCGAAGGCUUUGGAUAAAAAAACCAGAUUUGUCAGUCUCCGAACGCUGAAACUCCGUAUGUUAUCGCUUUCAGAUAACAACCUGAACUUUAUGGUCUCCCUUUUCCCAAAUUUGAGGCGGUUGGAUCUGUCUUUUACUCCAGCCAGACACCUACUGAUUCUGUCCUCGCCUGAAUCACCUGAUCUGGAGAAAAUCUCGCUUACUUCCACACAAGUAACGUCGUCGGACCUCCUUGCAAUAAUUGCCCGACUUCCUUGUCUUAAAACGCUGUCUCUUGGAGCAUUGGGAGUCAGGGAAAGUUCCAAAGCGACAGUUAGCAAUUCAUCCGCCAUGACGAUGAACGAUUAUACCCUCCGUGAAAUGACUGCAAUCCUCACCAACUUUCAAGAUUUGGAGUCCGUGAGCCUGGUCGCGAACACGAAGCUCUGCAUAAAUACCAAAGCAGAUAGCGCGGUCCUAGAAUUUGUGCAACAGGUAGGACGUAGAUGCAAGUACUUAAACCUGUCGGGCAUCCCUUCCAUUCGUUCCAAUGACCUGGUUGGGUUAAUAGCUGAAGUCCAACACUACACACCGCCAGCACUAGAAAGACUUCUAUUAAAUCAGACAGGUGUAGAUGAUGGAGCAUCUGCAUCUAUAUGCUCUUGCCGGAACUUGGUCAACCUUGGGCUGUCGGGUACAAGAUUCACUAGCGUUGCAUCAGACGAAGGGCUCUUUCCCAUUCUCGAUGCUUGUACCCGUCUAGAACACCUAGACCUAACCUCAUGUAGAGGUGUGCCGGUCGGGGAUCGUCGACGGUUUUUCCAGGUGUGGGAGGGAGAAAGGAAUCCUCAAUAUUCAGUUCACUAG